AUGCAUGAAUUAGACUUUGGAAUACGUUUAGAUAUAUAUCAUUUCACCGAUGAUGAACUACUCUCUGUAGUCGACAGUUUACUCAUUGAUCAAGCUUUGCAUGAUCGAACGAUUCAAUUAGGUGAAGCUAUUCGUCGACGCGAUGAUAUAGUUUAUUAUUGGAUGGCGUUAAAUGAAAAAGUAUUUGAAAAUCCACCAGAUUAUGAUGAUGUACGAACAAAUGUAGAAUCUUCAAUUCCUCCUCUUGAAUUGGCUUCAUAUAAUCUACCAUCAUUAAGUCGUUCUAUUGAACAAAGAACACAAGCUGAUGAAAUUAGUAUCAAAGAAAAGUGUUCUUUCAACUGUUUAAAAUGGAUAAUCUUGGUUUUAAGUUUUAUUUUAAUUGGUUUACUGAUACUCUGCAUAGUUCUGAUUAUUUUAUUUGUAAUGAAAUCUCGUUCAACAAACAACGAAUCGGUAGUAUCAACGGCAACCUCGAAGACGACAACAACAACAACUGCAACAACAACAUUAAAUCCAAGUUGUGUGACUGGCAAGGCAUUAAUAACAUUCGAUGAUCUAUCGCUCGAAUCCCAAGAACUCUUACCAAAUGGUUAUCGUAAUAUUAAUUGGAAUAAUGCCGAUAUUGCUCUUUCUAGUGAUCCUGCAAUUGGAGGAAGUGGAAUAGUAACAGUUAUGAUCAGCGGAAAUGCAGCAGCAUUCAAUGAACGUGCUAAUGCACUGACUAUAAAAGGUACGAAUGGUAGUCGUUUUNCAGUGGCUACAGGGAAUCGAUGUAGUCAAUCAGUAGCGAUGCAGGCUUUGAAAAGAUUGAGAUCAACCUCGAUGGUGGAUCAAAGUGAAAGGAAGGGUGAAUGA